CCAACUUCAACCAACAUCAUCUUGUCUUUAAUCCAUUAAUUAAGUUUGGUAAUGAAAAUUUCAUUGCAUGUUCCAAUUUUUAUUUAUUUGAGGAAAAUCUUGUUCUUCCCAUAAAUGACCAUAAGAAAAAAGUUAGAAAAGGGAAACAACCCAUGGGCAAUUCAGAACCGAAGCAGAUAGUGCCAACUAAUGGUCAGUUGGUCAGCAAAGAACAUAAAAAAGUUAAGAAAAAGCAAGCAGCAAGGGCAGAGACAUGGGAAGGAAUCCAAAAUAUCACAUGGGGGCGACUCAGGACUCCCCACGCCCACCUGAAAGCACAGCCUAACCCUCCCUAACAUGUGCAUCGGAUCCAUCCCACAAAUCCUCUCCAAUUUUUUCCUUACCGGUUACCGAUUCCACCGGUUUUGUCUCCCCACCUCUACCGCUCCAUAUAAAAUCAUGUCCAUCCCCUCCUGGCCUUUCGUCGUCACUUCAUAAUAAUAUAAAAAAAAAGGAACUGUGUUUUUCUGUUUUCCAGAAAUUUUGCUUCUUUCUCAUCUCCAAGAGCUUUUUUUCCCCUCUCUUUCUCUCUCUGCGAGGCUCUCCUGAGCCAUUCCUGUCUUUGAAUAAAGCUAAAUUUUGAGAGGCACCGCAGAGAGAGAUCGAAGAUUUUCCUUUUUUUUUUUUUUGGAACAAGAAUGGCAGUUUCCGGGGUUUCUUUUGUGUCUGUUUUAGCAGCACUUGUUUUUGCUAUGUUUGCCUUGCCUGCUGCUGUUCAGGCCCAGUCCUCUGCUCCCGCCCCUGCCCCCACAAGCGACGGAACGUCGAUUGACCAAGGGAUUGCAUACGUAUUGAUGCUGGUUGCACUGGUGCUGACAUACCUCAUUCACGCUGCUGAUUUCUGCUUCAGCUUUUGAGCUUGCAAGUGGAAAUGGGGUUGGAAUGAUUAUGUUGGUUUUUUCUUUAUGGGAGGGGAGGUAAAUUUUGGACUUUAACGAGAGAGAACAAAGAAGAUGGGAUUUGUUAGAUCUAAUAUUCUGGGGGUAUGAUGGAUGAUGAGUAACCAUGGUUCCUCUGAUUGUGAAUGUUGAGAAUGUCCUUUUUAUGUUCGCUGUUGCUGUUCUCAUUAUCAUUUGUUUGUCAUUUCUCUUUUCUGCCUCAAUUUUUCCAGCAUUUUCCCCAUGCACGCUUUGGUGGGCUUCUAAUUCGUUUCAUCAUGCAACCUGCUCCAUCUUUAGAUAAUUGACUCAAGAAAUUCUGGAAAACUAUAUAAUAAUGCUGUUGUAAAUUCUAUACUAAGAUGAUCCUUUUACUUUGUCCACGUGAAUUCUUUAUUGCCUCUGCAAAAAAUGCUAAAAAAGAAAAAAAGAAAAAAAGAAAAGGCUUCUACCAUGCCCUGAGCCUACUUGCAAUUGCAAGUCUUCAAUGCAAUUUUGGGUAGUUCUUAUUGUGAUGACUUUAAUGGCAAAGAUAGGAUAACCAGGGAAGCUAAUGAAUUCUAAGCAAUCCAACUUAUACAAAUUAUACAACUACGAAAAGUAGGUAAUGGGUUUUGGGGGAAGAAUUGAAGAGUUAGGCAUUUGUAGAUUUCUUAACCGAUGGUGAGGUACAAGGGCCAAUUGAUUAUUGAAGAUUUUCAUAGUACAAAGCUUCUCAGGGCUAGAAAGUUCUAUAGUUCUAAGCUCCAAAACGUGCACCCUGAACUGAUUAUUAAAGAAUUUUUGGUUACUACAUCAUAGAGUUUGGUAUUAGCCAAACAAACCAUUUUAAAUACUCCAAGCUGACCAACAGACCAAACUCUAGAGAAUUGAAAACAUAACCAAAAACAGGAAGAUAUCCUUCCAAUAGAAAUGGUUCUCCAU